UAGUGUGUCCGCCUAUCAGGCAGUGCGUAGCUGUUAACCAGUGGACAAUACUGGAAUGGCCUUGAAGGAACUGUGUCAAUACAGCUAACUGCCUCCGUGUGCAUCUAUACUGGACCUUUCACACACAAAUUCGCAGCAGUGCCUUACGCAACAGACACACCUGUAAUCCAGACAGAGUUCUUUCCCAGUGUUGUGUCCUUAAUCAAAAAAAUCUGCUGGUUACAUGGGACCACACAGCUGUAAGAACUGCCUGCGUGGCCGUAUUAUGGCUGAUACAAACAAAACCAAAUUUGUAGAAAAUGGAGUAUCUAAUGAUGUAACACAAAAUGGAUUUGGGGAUAUUGAUGGAAUACCUUCUAUGCCGUGGUUUGGGAUGGACAUUGGUGGGACACUAUCAAAGUUAGUAUAUUUUGAGCCAAAGGAUAUCACACCUGAUGAAGCUGAUGCAGAAGUUGAAGCAUUGAAGAAUAUCCGAAGAUAUCUCACUAAGAAUUCUGCUUAUGGGAAGACUGGGCACAGAGAUACCCAUUUGCAAAUGGAUAAUGUUAUCAUCAGGAGGAGGAAAGGAACCUUACAUUUCAUCAGAUUUCCAACCAGUGAAAUGGGCAAUUUCCUUGCCCUAGCAAAGGCAAAAGGCAUGGCAACCUUAGUUACAACAGUUUGCGCCACUGGUGGUGGUGCAUACAAAUUUGAAAAUAAUUUCCAUCAGGAGCUGAACAUGAAACUGGCAAAAUUUGAUGAGUUGGAUUCACUUAUUAAAGGCAUGCUUUACAUAGAAGCAAAUAAUCCUAAUGAAUGUUACUAUUGGGCAAACCCAACUGAUGAUGAAAAAUGUCAGAAACGCUUAUUUGAUUUCAGUGACCCAUAUCCAUUCAUGAUAGUAAAUAUUGGAUCUGGAGUGAGUGUUCUGGCAGUUUAUGGGCCAGAUAAUUACAAGAGAGUAUCAGGAACAAGCUUAGGUGGUGGUACAUUCCUGGGACUUUGCUGCUUACUGACAGGCUGUAAUUCUUUUGAGGAAGCCAUUGAACUUGCAACUGGUGGAGACAACACACAAGUGGAUAAACUUGUGAGAGAUAUUUAUGGUGGAGAUUAUGACAGGUUUGGACUCCCUGGAGACCUUGUUGCUAGCAGUUUCGGUCAUAUGAACUCCAAAGAGAGGCGUGCUAAUGUGUCAAAACAGGAUCUAGCUCGAGCUACUCUGGUAACAAUAACAAAUAACAUUGGCUCCAUUGCUCGUAUGUGUGCAGUUAAUGAGAAGAUAGAUAAGGUAGUCUUUGUUGGCAAUUUCUUGAGGGUAAACCCUAUAUCUAUGAAAUUGCUAGCACAUGCUAUGGAUUACUGGUCAAAUGGGACUCUAAAAGCACUAUUUCUGGAGCAUGAGGGUUAUUUUGGUGCUGUUGGCUGCCUUCUGCAAUUUGACAACAAGAUCAGCUGAGCAUUGUUUUCUGCUAGGCUAAAAGAAGCACAAGCAUUCCUGUGAUGUAUGGAGACUAUACUCCCCCUAAAAUAUUCCAGAAACUUAGUCUUAAGUUAUAUAAAAUAUAUGUAAAUACCUGAUAUUAUAAUUGCCCGAGUGAUGUGGAGAAACUUGUUAUUCUCCUUUACUGCCAGAGUAUUGCAGCUUUGUAUAAUUAUUGCACAUACAAAAUGAACCACGCACUAUAUUUUUUCAGUGCUAAUGUACAUUCGAUAGUUAAAAAUUGGGGUUUUGUAGAACUAUAUUACCAAUACAAUAAUAACUGUCUUGUUUAUAGUUAUCAUUGCAGUUUAUUCUCAUUUCUGUAACAGUGUCCAGAGCACAUAACAAAAGCAUUUUCUGCAAUAUGAUUGUAGUUUUGUAUACCUUAUAAUACUGUACAAUGUCAGUGGAAUCCAUUGUUCGCAUAAUUGAACUCCUUAACUUCUCAUUUUGAGAAUAGAAACACCAGUUGUUGAUGGAAGUUACUACAAAUGUUAAGCAGUAUUUAUUUUAUCUGUGUGACUGUUAUUCAGUGAAUGCCACAUUAUUUUUAUGGGAGUUAGGGUAUUUAAAAUAUAUAUAUUGUGGUGAUACCAUAUUUCGAAAUAUUGUUGCUUUCAUGUAAUGAUGCAGGUUCAUAUUUUUAUUGUACAGUAAUAGUGUUCUUACUUAGUGUGUUAUAAAUAUCUUGUACAACCUCCCACAUAAUUUCUCCAUUGUUUUUAUUCAAAGCCUCUUUUUUUAAAAUUUUGAGACUUCGAAUGUAUACGUUGUAAAUGUCUGUUAAACUUUGUCCUAUUUAUUGAUUGUUUAUGGGAGAUGUAUUCAGCAUCAAAGUAUGCGUUAGAGUGUAACCCAAUAUAUUUGUAAAUAUUAUAUGGAAUAUGAAUGGUUUUGUUUAUAUUUUUAUGUAAAAUUUUGUAUAAAUCUUUUAUUGUUGAAAUAUAAUUUAUUGUUAUUUAAAAA